UUCCCAACCCACUCUCCACUCUCCCCUCCUCCCCCCUAACCCUUCGCCUUUUGGCUCAGGUGCGACUACCGCCCGACAAUGGUUGGAAGUACGCUGGCGAUCCGCUCCAAGAUGGCCUCUCCCUCCGCCGCUAUGCAGUUGUCGUCGCUGUCGCGCAGGUCGCUCUCGACGCGACCCCAGAUCCUUCGUUCCGCACGUCCCUUGAGACAGCAGCAAUUCCAGCGCUCUGCUCGUCGCUCCUACGCCGAUGCUGCGCCCGCUGCCCCGACCCCCAAGCCCAAGAAGCGCUUCAGGUUCUUGCGCUGGACCUGGCGUUUGACCUGGCUCUCCACUAUCGGUGCGGCCGGUGCUCUGGCUUACAGUGUCUAUGAAUUGCGCCAUCCCGCCGAGCAGAUUAAGCCUGACCCGACGAAGAAGACCCUUGUAAUCCUGGGUACCGGAUGGGGUACUGUUUCCCUACUGAAGAAGCUCGACACUGAGAACUACAAUGUUGUCGUCAUCUCUCCCCGCAACUACUUCCUUUUCACUCCUCUCCUUCCCUCCUGCACGACUGGUCUGAUUGAGCACCGCUCCAUCAUGGAGCCGAUCCGUAACAUCCUCCGUCAGAAGACCGCCCACGUGAACUUCUACGAAGCCGAAGCCACCAAGAUCGAUUACGAGAAGCGUGUCGUGUACAUCAGCGAUGACUCUGAGAUCAAGGGAGACAUCUCCCACACCGAGGUGCCCUUCGACAUGCUCGUCGUUGGUGUCGGUGCUGAAAACGCAACCUUCGGUAUCCCCGGUGUCCGCGAGAACUCCUGCUUCCUGAAGGAGGUCGACGAUGCCCAGAAGAUCCGCAAGCGCAUCAUGGACUGCAUUGAGACUGCUAUGUUCAAGGACCAGACUGAAGACGAAGUCAAGCGUCUUCUCCACAUGGUUGUGGUUGGUGGUGGCCCGACUGGUGUCGAGUUCGCCGGUGAGCUGCAGGACUUCUUCGAGGAUGACUUGAAGAAGUGGGUUCCUGAAAUCCAGGAGAACUUCAAGGUUACCCUCGUUGAAGCUCUCCCCAACGUCCUUCCCAUGUUCUCCAAGCAGCUUAUCGACUACACCGAAUCGACCUUCAAGGAGGAGAAGAUCUCUAUCCGCGCUAAGACUAUGGUCAAGAACGUCACCGACAAGUACAUCGAGGCUAUGGUCACCAACCCUGAUGGAUCCAAGUCCAUCGAGCGUAUUCCCUACGGUCUGCUGGUUUGGGCUACCGGUAACGCUGUUCGCCCCGUUGUCCGCGAUCUGAUGAACCAGCUCCCUGCCCAGAAGGACUCGCGUCGUGGUCUUGCUGUGAACGAGUACCUCGUCGUGAACGGCGCUGAGAACGUCUGGGCUGUUGGUGACUGUGCUAUCACCAACUACGCCCCUACCGCCCAGGUUGCCAGUCAGGAGGGUGCUUUCCUUGCCCGUCUCUUCAACACCAUGGCCAAGACCGAGGCUAUCGAGCAGGAGCUGAAGCAGCUGUCUGAUGCUCAGGCCCAGGCUAAGGGUGAGGAGCGUGACCAGGUCUUUGACGCGAUCCGCGAACGCCAGAAGCAGCUGCGGAGAACCAAGCAGAUUGGUCCCUUCCAGUACUCUCACCAGGGUAGCAUGGCUUACAUCGGAAAGGAGCGCGCUGUUGCGGACAUCAGCUGGCUGAGCGGCAACAUCGCCAGUGGUGGUACCAUGACCUACCUCUUCUGGCGCAGUGCUUACCUGAGCAUGUGCUUCAGCACUCGCAACCGUGUCCUGGUCGCCGUCGACUGGAUCAAGGCCAAGCUGUUUGGCCGCGACGUCUCUCGGGAGUAAAUCCUUCAUUAAAACCUUUGGAAACUCUGUAUCACCAUCAGCAGACAUGCUACGUCCAUGAUUUCGAAGCGAUAACCCCUCUUUUAUUAUUGAAUUCCAUCUCUUUCUCAUCAUUCUUAUCUCCACCCCCCUUCCUUGACGCCACUCCAAUGACCAUCCUCUUCCUUGACCUAAAUGGGAACCUUUCCCCCCCCCAUUGUCUGUCACA